CGGAGCAAAGCCAUAAGGAAGAAGACCAAGAAGCCCAACACGGCAACACCAGAUCAUCACCCACAAGCUCCAGUCGCGAAUUCCAAAGCACACCAAGCAAUCACCACCCGUCGGAGGCUCCCACGCUGCGCGCCGACCUCCUCCGCUCCCUCCAUGGCGACGGUGACGGCGACAGCAACGGCAAGAAGCCUCACUCUCGUCUCUGGUCUUGCUGCCUUGCUCGUCUUCUCUCCUUGCUCGCUGUCGCUGGCCACCAGCGACCGGGACGCCGAUAGGGUGGAGCGCCUCCCCGGCCAGCCGGAGAGCCCGAGCGUGUCCCAGUUCUCCGGCUACGUCACCGUCGACGAGCGACACGGGAGGGCGCUCUUCUACUGGUUCUUCGAGGCGCAGGCGCUGCCGGAGGAGAAGCCCCUCCUCCUCUGGCUCAAUGGAGGACCUGGUUGCUCGUCAAUUGGUUAUGGAGCUGCAUCUGAGCUUGGGCCUCUCAGAGUUGUCAGCCAUGGAGCAGCGCUGGAGUUCAACCAAUAUGCUUGGAACAAAGAGGCAAACCUGCUGUUCUUGGAGUCUCCUGUUGGGGUUGGCUUCUCCUACACCAACACAUCCACUGACCUUGACAAACUGGAUGACGAAUUUGUAGCUGAAGAUGCUUAUAACUUCCUAGUGAACUGGCUCGAGCGAUUUCCGGAGUACAAGGACAGAGAGUUCUACAUCGCAGGAGAGAGCUAUGCAGGCCAUUAUGUGCCACAACUUGCUGAACUUGUUUAUGGGAGGAACAAGGACAAGAUGGCCAAAACAUACAUCAACAUCAAGGGGUUCAUUGUUGGAAACCCUAUCACCAACAAUUACUAUGAUUCAAAAGGGCUAGCUGAGUAUGCCUGGAGCCACACAGUUGUGUCGGAUGAAGUCUACGAGCGCAUAAAAAAGUAUUGUGACUUCAAGAACUCCAAUUGGUCUGAUGAUUGCAGCGUUGCCAUGAACAUCAUCUUUAAUCAGUACCAAGAGAUCGACAUAUACAACAUCUAUGCCCCCAAAUGCCUUCUAAAUCAGACUUCAGCAUCUUCUGUUGGUCGUGCAUUUUUCGCGAAUGAUCAGGAUCAGUUCAGGAGAACGAUUCGAAUGUUCUCGGGCUAUGAUCCAUGCUACUCAUCCUACGCCGAGGACUACUUCAACAAGAAACAAGUGCAGAGAGCAUUCCAUGCGAAUCUCAGUGGGUUGCUUCCAGGGAAAUGGCAUGUCUGCAGUGACCCCAUCCUGAUCUCUUACAAUUUCUCGGUAUUCUCGGUCCUACCGAUAUACUCUAAGCUCAUCAAAGCAGGGCUCAGAGUUUGGCUUUACAGCGGUGACGCAGAUGGUAGGGUCCCGGUGAUCGGCUCCCGGUACUGCGUUGAAGCGCUCGGCCUACCGAUCAAGACCCAGUGGCAACCCUGGUACCUCAACAAACAGGUUGCCGGGAGGUUUGUGGAGUACCAUGACAUGAGCAUGGUGACAAUCAGGGGUGCAGGUCACCUGGUGCCCCUCAACAAGCCUGCUGAAGGGCUGAUGCUGAUCAACACAUUCCUCCGUGGCGAGCAGCUCCCGACACGCCGAUGAUGGAUGGUGCAAUGGAAUAUUUGGGGAAGAAGAUGGCACAAGAUAACCGCGAAGAUGUUUGACCUGAAACUUACAAGUUAGACUCUUUGUGGAACAAUUUUGUGUCCAUUGUAGCAAAGUUAGCAUAUUUGCUAGGCAUUUGAAUUUGGCUUUUAUCAUGGAUCUUUGGUAUAGAAGAUCUGAUCUUUUCUAGAUUAACAGGGAUCAAAUCAGGCCCUAGUCCAAGUUUAUUGAAACUAAGAUCACACCUAUUUACACACUACAACUGAAAUUUAGGUGAGUAUUGUUCAUCCCACAGC